CAAAGUCCGGUUUUGCAAGAGGGACUGAGGGAGGAGGGCCAGAGAGGGGCCAGGGGCUUGAUUCUUGAAUUCUCUCUCUCUCCCACUAUAUAUACGUCAUGAAUGCAUUCCGGGUUUCUUCAAACUCAUUCUAGAUUUCUAGUCUUCUCCAUUCAUUCUCCGAAUUUCGUUACCAGUUUGAAAAUUGAAACCCAGAUACCGAAAUCGAGAGAGCUCCGGUUUUUCUGUGUCAGGCUUGAUUGACCCAUUAAAUAUCAGCUGACCUCUCGAGAGAGAAGAAGAAGUUUGUUAAUUUUAGCGAAGUUUUUGAGAGACCAGGUGGUUGGUCUUGGUUUUAUCGAUUUUUUUGGUUAUUGUUUUAUAGGAGAUACUGUAUUGAUUUUUAGCUCUACAAUAUCAUAAAACCCAAGGAUCCCAACCAGCUUGAAGUGGGAUUUAAUUCUCUCUCCCUGGUAAGUAGGUUGAAGCUUGAAUUAGAGAGCUAGAUUUUCCAUGGGUGAAGCUCAGGAGAUCUUCACAGACGACGUUAAACAACAUUUUGCCGUUGGUCUUGAUUCAGAAGCCAGAGGCUACCAGACAUCUACCAUCGUAGGAGAAAAGAUUUUUGUGAUUGGGGGAACUGCUGAUGUAUCAACUUCUUCGUUUGACGUCCGGGCUUUCGACAAAUCAACCGGGAGAUGGAGUGUUCCAACAGUAUUAGGCACAAAACCCAUUCCAUCCAAGAGUCACUCAGCGGUUCUUCUAAAUAAUGAGAGAAUAUUGAUUCUUAAGAGGGACUCCACCCCAGAAGACUGUGCCUGGUUUCUUGAGGUGGACACCUCAUAUGUUAGAGAGCAGAAAAGGAUCUUGGGCACUGAGGUGGUUGCUUGGAGUAAAGGGGUUAGAAGUGAUGCUCCCAAGCCAAUAGUAAUCAGUGGUCCCUCUGGAGUUGGGAAGGGCACAUUGAUAAACAAGCUGAUGAAGGAUUUCCCAUCCAUGUUUGGGUUCUCUGUGAGCCACACAACCCGAGCUCCAAGGGACAAAGAAAAGGAUGGAGUCCAUUAUCAUUUCACUGAGAGAAGCAUCAUGGAAAAGGACAUACGUGAUGGAAAAUUCCUAGAAUCUGCAUCUGUCCAUGGGAAUCUUUAUGGAACAAGUAUUGAAGCUGUUGAGGUUGUAGCAGAUGCAGGAAAGAGGUGCAUACUCGACAUAGAUGUUCAAGGUGCCAGGUCUGUAAGGGCAAGUUCUCUUGAUGCAAUUUUCAUCUUUAUAUGCCCACCCUCAUUUGAGGAGCUUGAGAAGCGGCUCCGUGCACGGGGAACUGAAACGGAAGAGCAGGUCCAAAAACGACUCAAAAAUGCAAGAGCAGAGCUUGAACAAGGAAGAUCUUCAGGACUUUUUGAUCAUAUCUUGGUAAACGAUGACCUCGAAAGGUGCUACAAGAAUAUUAAGAAAAUAUUGGGCCUAGAUGUGAGCAUGGAGGCCACUCAUCAAUCAUCUCCAAAGACUGUAGGUGUCCCCUUGGGCCAAUCAAUAUCAGAAAUGGAUCAGAAGGUCCUGAUACAAUGCGAAGCAUCUGAACUAGGAAAAGCAUCAAAAAAUUGGUUUGUGCUUGAUGUGUCUUCCCUCAAAGGAGGGGCCCCAGGCCGGACAAGAGGGCUGAACAUGUAUGCCAUCAACCCAUUUGUGGAUGCACAAUAUGGGAUUAAAACAGCUUCAUGAUACUUAGCAAAUUGACCUCUUGAACUAAUUAACACUAACAGUGGAGUGCCAGUUUUGGACUUUAACAUAAAAAUGGGGAAUUGGAGAUAUUGCUCCAUUACCAUAGUCCAAUAAAAUUUAAAAGUUCCAAUAUUAAUAUGCUCUUGUGCUGAUUGAUGAUGAUGAUGAAUGGAUCUGGAUUCCCCACAUUCGUUUUUACCCAUCACUGACAGAGAAUUCAUGCUCUGAGAUUGAGAGUUUUGUUUCGCAAAUACGGUUGGUGAGGCUGAUGGAGCUGCAUACUUAAAUCUUGUAUCAAGUGGGUGUUUUAAUAAUAACAAAAAAAAAAAAAAAUUGAGUUGACCUUAAAGCAAA